AUGGGCUUCAAGCAAAGCCCGCACGAGGCGGCUGUAUACCGACGGGGAAGUGGAGGAAACAAGUUGGUGGGCGUCUAUGUCGACGACCUUGUGAUCACCGGCAUCAAGGAUGCAGAGGUGGCAGCAUUCAAGGAAGAGAUGAAGGCCACCUUCCAAAUGAGUGAUCUGGGGCUCCUCUACUUCUAUCUGGGGAUCGAGCCGGACUUGGCCUUCUCCGUCGGCUACGUUAGUUGGUUCAUGGAGCGACCGACGACGGAGCACCUACAGGCUGUGAAGAGGAUCAUCCGCUACAUUGCAGGGACUCCCGACAAUGGCCUCCACUACCCUAGGUGUCCUUGGGCAGCAAACUUCAUCAGGUACAGCGACAGCGACCAUGCCGAUGACAUCGACACCAGAAAGAGCACGAGAGGGAUUCUAUUCUUCCUCGGCAAGUGCCUUGUGAGCUGGCAGUCGGUCAAGCAACAGGUAGUGGCCCUGUCUAGCUGCGAGGCCGAGCACAUCGCAGCCUCCACCGCUGUAAUAUUCCAGGUUUAG